AACCAACCGAAGAUGUCGCUGCGAGGCCCUGGCACCAUGAUCACAAGGUCGCUCCGGGCAGGGCAGACCUCACUCACGGCUUCAGCUUCGGCCUCGGCUUCGUCUUCGUCAAGUAUCUCUGCGCCAUCUCCUUCACAUGCUUCGACCACGCGGUUAUUCACAACGAGUCUCGUCUCUCUGGGAAAGAGCCGGCCGGGAGAAGGGAAGGACGCCAUCAAGAAGGCACGAAGACUGGCAAGACUGGGCUCGGCGGCCAAUACGGUCUCGAUUAAGGAGAAAAAGAAGCAAGAGGCGACGCUCGAGCUCGAGGAAGCCGCCAAGCUCUUCAGAGCCGUCGAGGUGGCCAGAACUCAAAGUGCCUACGAGCUUCACGUUGUCACUUCGGUCUCAUCGCACCAGGCCAAUGCUCUACGAGGCCGUCUGUCGCUGCCCAAGGAUGCCCGAACAAAGUCGGAGCGCAUCCUCAUCUUUGCCGAAGACGGUUCCGAGGCUUCGGAUGCAGCCAAGCGUGUGGCUGCAAAGGAGGGAGCCACCAUUGUCGUCGGAGGUUCAGAAAUGAUUCAGAACGUCGUGGAUGGCCGAGGGGCGGCAAGUGGCGACUUUACAAAAGUGCUGGCAACGCCGGGAUUGCUGCCUCUAAUUAGCCGGUCGCUGGCCAGGAGUCUAGGACCUCGAGGAUUGAUGCCGAGCGCAAAGCGUGGAACCGUCGCUCAGGGUUCGCGGGAGAUGGAAGAGGCCAUCAUGCAAGCAAAGGGUGCCAUGGACUGGCGAGGGGAUCGCAAUGGUGUUGUUCGAGGAGCCGUUGGGAGGAUCAAUUUCACCACGCCCGAGCUUCGAACGAAUAUCUCAGCCUUUCUUGAGGCAGUCGUCGAUCGAGUCUCGGGUGGCUUAUCCUCGAGCAACCAGCAGCCCACUGUGGCUAGUGCUUCCGGAAAAGGCGUCGAUAGGAGCCCGGGCGCUUUGAAGCGAGCAUCGUCCGUCAUCAAGCAGAUUCAUCUCUCUUCGACCCAAGGGCCUUCCGUUCUCUUGACUCUUUCCGAGGUGUAUUAAAAGAACAGAUUCUCAUAAUCGAUUUCCCAUUUACCCUUGACCAAGGUCGACGGUGA